AUGACUCAUACCGUUCAAGUGCCUAUCAAUGUCUUUGGCAUAUUAAAACCUACUGGUUGUAAAUAUCUUCGAAUAGAUAGUCGAUUACCAAUGAAAGAUUUAUUUCAAUUGCUUCUUGAAGAUUGCGGAGAACAGAGACCAGUUCUUAUCUUAAGUAUUUAUGGUGGAGCCAAAUAUUUUACUAUGACAGAACGACUUGAAAAAGAAUUUAUAACAGGUGUUAUUGAUGCUGCUACUGUAGCCAAUGCAUGGGUUCUUACUGUUGGUAUCAAUAAUGGUAUAUCAAAAUUGGUUGGCGAAGGUAUUUCACAUUAUCGUCUCUUAUACGAAUAUCCGAUUAACGUGAAAUGUAUUGGAAUGACUAUGUGGGGUACAAUAAAUGAAAAUACACGUCUUGAACUUAAAAGUUCAUCAAGCGGAUUUCCACCACCACUAUGUAAACGACAGAUUCCAGACAAUGCUCAAGAAUUUAAAGAAACAAUCGAACGAAAUCAUACACAUUGUAUUUUAUUUGAUAGUGGUAGACUGAAUGAAUAUCU